AUGUUUGCCGCACUAGCCCCUGUCGCCGCGUCUAGCGCCUCGCUGCUCGUCCCUUCGAUACAAGCCAAGGGAUUAUCCCGCUUGCCGUCGUCGCAAGGCGUUCGAGCCGGAACACCGCGCUUUGUCGGCUCCGCGUUGCGGCGACUGCACUCGAAUCCGCGCAUCGCGACCUCCUUUUCCGCGCAGACUCGCGCCGAAUCUCAAACACCCGGGCCCUUUCUACGCGCGAUCGGACGCUUUUUUACCGCCGGCGGCGCAACAGCUGCGCCUGGGGCGGGUAUGGAGAACGCGUGGGCGCUCGAAGGGCGGCCGGCGGUGGCGGUGGUAACGGGGGCGAAUAAAGGAAUCGGGUUCUACAUCGCACGGGGAUUGGCUGGCGAAGGGCUGACUACAGUGCUCACCGCCCGCGACCCGGGGCUGGGGCAGGAAGCUGUAAAGAAGCUUCAGGGGGAGGGGCUGCAGGAGGUGGAGUUUCAUCAGCUGGAUAUCAGCGACCAAUCAUCGAUCGACAGCUUUGCACGGUGGCUCAAGGACACGCAUGGGGGCUUGGACGUGCUUGUAAACAAUGCCGGGAUGGCUUAUAAGGGGAACACGUUUGGAGCAGAGGAGGCGAGGAACACCAUCAACACCAACUACCGAGGCACUCGGGCCGUGUGUGAGGCGCUGAUGCCGCUGUUGCGCCCCUCCAAAGCGGGGGCGCGCGUAGUGAAUGUGGGCUCAAGUGCAGGCAAGCUUCGCAUUGUCUCCCCCGCACUCAAGGCCCGCUUCACCAUCCCAACCCUCACAGCUUCUGACCUGGAUGCACUAGCGGAGGAGUUUAUAAAGGGGAUAGAAGACGGCACUUAUAAGGGAGCCGGGUGGCCCGAGUCCAUGUAUGGCGUGUCGAAGCUUCUAGAGAACACCUACACCCGCGUGCUUGCACGGCAGAUGGAGGGGCGGCAGGAAGGCGAAAAGGUGUUUGUGAAUGCAUGCUGCCCCGGGUGGUGUGCAACAGACAUGUCAUCAUGGCGCGGCCGCAAGACGGCAGAAGAGGGAGCAGACACGCCCAUCUUCCUGUCGCUGGUGCCCCCUGAGAAGACGGGUACCAGGCAGUUCUAUGCUGACAGGGCAAUUGAGGAGUUUUAG